GAGCAUUUAUCACCUGGUUCGGGGGCGGCCGCCAGUCCCACCCGGGCCUCUGUGCUGGCCGGCCAACGAGUCAUACUAACUUUUCUCAAUUAAAAUAUCUUUUCUCUUUUCUUUUUUCCCCAUGUGGCCACUUAAACUUUUUUAUUAGCAAAUUUUAUCCUCGAAAAGCGAACAGCACAUAAAUGCUCGCUUUGAGGAAUCAUAGAGCGAACCCCAGGAUCACCACCACCCAGGUUGACACACGUUGUCACCGCCCCACUCUUCUCGCUUAUAACUUUCCCCCAAAGGUCCUGACUGUUAUGGAAGAGUCUGACCCAUCUCUGCAAGCUCUUGAGUCCCGCCAAGAUGAUAUUUUAAAGCGUUUAUAUGAGUUGAAAGCUGCAGUUGAUGGUCUCUCCAAGAUGAUUCAAACACCAGAUGCAGACUUGGAUGUAACAAACAUAAUCCAAGCAGAUGAGCCCACUGCUUUAACACCCAAUGCACUGGACUUGAAUUCAGUGCUUGGAAAGGAUUAUGGGGCACUGAAAGACAUUGUGAUCAAUGCAAACCCAGCCUCCCCUCCGCUUUCCCUGCUCGUGCUGCACAGGCUGCUCUGUGACCACUACAGGGUCCUGUCCACUGUGCACACGCAUUCAUCAGUCAAGAGCGUGCCUGAAAACCUUCUGAAAUGCUUUGGAGAACAGACUAGAAAACAGCCCCGUCAUGAAUAUCAGUUGGGUUUUACUCUAAUUUGGAAGAAUGUGCCGAAGACUCAGAUGAAAUUCAGUAUCCAGACGAUGUGCCCCAUCGAAGGAGAAGGGAACAUCGCACGUUUCUUGUUCUCUCUGUUUGGCCAGAAGCAUAAUGCUGUAAAUGCCACCCUCAUAGAUAGCUGGGUAGACAUUGCUAUUUUUCAGUUAAAAGAGGGAAGCAGUAAAGAAAAAGCUGCUGUAUUCCGUUCCAUGAACUCUGCUCUCGGGAAGAGCCCUUGGCUCGCUGGGAAUGAACUCACGGUAGCAGACAUCGUGCUAUGGUCUGUGCUCCAGCAGACUGGAGGCGGCAGUGCGACCGUGCCGGCCAACGUGCAGAGGUGGAUGCGGUCUUGUGAAAACCUGGCCCCUUUUAACAAUGCCCUCAAGCUCCUUAAGUGAAUUUCAGUAAUGGAUUUUAAAGGGUUUAGAUUUUAAGAAUGGUGCUGUUUCAUGCCUGUUGUCAGUAAAGAGACUUGUAUUAGAAUCAAAGUCUUUUUAUUUAGGCCAGUUGUCAAAUAUCAAUAAAAGCAUCAUGUAAUUU